UGUUUAUACGGGGGGGGUUAAGCCUAUGUGCUGUCAUUGAUUCUACAUCAAAAACUCAACAUUACAUUUUAAAAAGGGUGCAUCUCUUUUUAUUACAGAAAUUCGAAUAUAUUACUGUCUAUAAAAUCGUGUAAUUUGAAAAAAAACAUUGCGUAUUUUAGUUUUAAUACACCACCGCUCCCCCCCCUCUGAUUUACUGAAUGGUACAGUCGCUAAUGGAGGCCGAUUCUCGGAGCUCUUCAUAACUGAGAAGAUGAGUGAGCUGAAGGACUGCCCGCCUCUCAAAUACUACGACUUCAAGCCCGUGGAGCAUGUGAAAGUGUGUCCUCGCUACACGGCGGUGUUGGGACGCACCGAGGACGAUGGCAUCGGGAUCGAGGAGUUGGACACGCUGCAGCUGGAGCUGGAGACGCUGCUGUCCUCUGCCAGCCGACGUCUCCGAGCCCUGGAGGAACAGAGACAAAUACUUACAGAUUGGCAGGACAAAAAGGGCGACAAAAGGUUCCUAAAGAUGGGCAAAGAAGUCGAUCCGGCCGCAUCUUCUCGACAUCCCAAGCCUAAGAAACCGAAGCUGGAAGGGAAGGCGGGUCAUGGGCCCGGGCCUGGUCCAGGCAGACCCAAAUCCAAAAAUCUGCAACCCAAAGUCCAGGAGUACGAAUUCAGUGAAGAUCCACAGGACAUACCCCGUAACCCCAAAAACGACGCUCCGAACAGAUUCUGGGCUUCAGUGGAGCCCUACUGUGCAGACAUCACCAAUGAAGAGAUCAAAGUUCUUGAAGAACUUCUUAAACCUCCUGAGGACGAAGCCGAGUACUACAAGAUUCCCACUCUAGGGAAGCACUACUCUCAGCGCUGGGCGCAGGAGGACCUGCUGGAAGAGCAGCGAGAAGGAGCGCGAGCCAACGAUAAGAAGAAGAGCAUGCUCGGUCCGCUCUCCGAGAUCGACGCCAAAGACGUAGACGCUUUGCUGAAGAAGUCUGAAUCCCAGCACGAGCCUCCGGAGGACGGCUGCCCGUUCGGUCCCCUCACACAGCGCCUGCUGCAAGCUCUGGUGGAGGAGAAUAUCAUAUCCCCUAUGGAGGAUUCCCCCAUUCCAGACAUUCCAGUGAAGGACGAUGGAGCUGGGACGUCGCCUCGCAGCCAAGGGAAAGCUUUCAGCGUUCCCCACACGCGCUCUCUGGAGGCCCGGAUCAGGGAAGAACUGGUGGCUCAGGGUCUGUUAGACUCCGAGGAGAGACAGGGCACAGGAGGAGACUCGGAGGACGAGGUGCUGGCCGAGCUCCAGAAGAGGCAAGCCGAGCUGAAAGCUCUGAGCGCUCACAACCGGGCACGUAAGCAGGAGCUGCUCCGGUUAGCGCGGGAGGAGAUGAGGAAGCAGGAGCUGCGCCAGUGUGUCCGCGUGGCCGACAACGAGGUGAUGGAGGCUUUCCGGCGCAUCAUGGCGGCCAGGCAAAAGAAACGCACUCCGACAAAGAAAGAAAAGGAUCAAGCGUGGAAGGCUCUGAAAGAGAGGGAGCGAAUCCUCAAACAGCUGGACGGGUAAAGACGAGCGCGACCCGAUGCUGUUCGUGUCGCGUCAGGGCCCGGCUCUCGUCUCAUUUGUUAGAUGUGAUGCAGCACCACCAGUGUACCUCCUACACCCCUCUCAUUUCCACCAGGACCACCAUGAAGGACAAUCCUACGUUCCUACUGGAUUUAUUUUUGAGAAUUAUGAAAUAAAAAUGUGACUCGUAUUUUAUUUUAUUUUAUUUCGGACAAGAUUCGAGGUCGGACUCUUGACAGACAACGUGACUCGUGCUGUUCUUUCCCCUUGAGAUGUUUAUUCUGAGUGUUCACACAGGAAGUCUCACUCAUCUCUUUCUGUUGCUUUUUAACACAAGGACCGGUGUUUUAGGUGUGUAAUGUGAGAGAUGUUGAAGGUGGAAAAUUCUGUGUCGUUAAGAAGGUCAAAUAUUUGAGGAACGAUGCGUGAAACUCACGUUGCGGGGGGGAAACAGCAGCAUCGUCUGAGCGAACGUCCUGAUUCUGAGAUGAAGUUUUAAGCGUGAACUGCAUUUGUUUAAAUGUCUGGUUUGGACGCGUUCUUAAUUCUCCACGUCCCAUUGAGCCACAUGAUGUGCACUAAGAAAUCAGUAAAACACUAUUAUUAUUACCACUGUGUGAAAUCCUGUCAGCAUGACACCACCAGACCACCUGGACCGAUCCUUGUACCGUUUCGGUUUUCAGGUAGGAGGCGCUGUUUCGUUUUCAGGCACAAAGAAGCGCGCUGAUGUUUUUUGCGCUCGUAUCCUGACGUGAUACCGGCGUCUCUUUUUACGAUGUUUGCCUUUUUCCCGUACAUGUCUCACGUGAGCAGCGAGUAAGUGUUACAGUUUUGUGAGCUCACCAGGAAACAAUUGGAGGAGUGAACCAGGAUAUUGUUUACCGAUAUGUGUUUUGUACAAGACGCCAUGAUUUUCGUGAUUAAAUGUUUUCCUUUUCCUCUCCGUGCUUUUUCCACGUAAGCAAGGGGAAAAUAAAGCAGAAGAUGAAUAAGA